AUGAGUGGUCGCGGCAAGGGAGGAAAAGGACUCGGGAAAGGAGGCGCCAAGCGUCACCGCAAAGUUCUCCGUGAUAACAUCCAGGGAAUCACCAAACCCGCUAUCCGCCGUCUGGCUCGCCGUGGUGGAGUGAAGCGUAUCUCCGGUCUGAUCUACGAGGAGACCCGCGGUGUGCUGAAGGUGUUCCUGGAGAAUGUCAUCCGUGAUGCCGUCACCUACACCGAGCACGCCAAGAGGAAGACUGUGACCGCCAUGGAUGUGGUGUAUGCUCUCAAGAGGCAGGGCCGCACUCUGUACGGCUUCGGAGGUUAAAUCACCGUCUCAGCUCACUGCAACACAACGGCUCUUUUAAGAGCCACCCACAUCACCUCAAGAGCUCGU